CACACUGCGUCUGUGUAUCUUCAGAACCAUCAUCACCAACAGCACCGCAGCCGGCAGUGCUGCAUCCCCCGAGCUGAUUCGCAAUGCACGUUGCAUGAGGUGCAUCAUACCCUCACGACAUGGCCCUACGCAGCAUUGAUUCUACCGCACUAUGACAUUGCCAUGCUGAUGGCCAACUCGCUGCUGUCCGUAAUCAUCCGGAACGCCUUGAAUCAAUUCUAUUGCCAUUUCUCCCUCAGUUACACCGCCAGUCCCAAUUGGCCGGGAUGCUCAAUCCCUCAGCUUACUCCGGCACUGAAACUCGUGUCACCUACACCUGCUUGA